GCGAGUUGCGCAACCCAGUUUUUGCCGAAGUACCACAGCCUAAUAUGGCAUCUAGAGCUAGGUUUAGGCUCCUCCUUACGCUUCCGCCCUAGCACACGACCUCGCACUAGCCUAGAGCGCUUCUCCCCUAGUCUCGCACCUCGUCACUAGUCGUCGUCCCCCCCCUGCUAGACCCUACUAGUCGGCCCCUCCCUUACGCCGCCCGCUAGCGCACGUCGCCGCCCUCCCUGGCCCUUCGCGACCCCAUCGCUAGUCCGCUCCCCACCCCCCCCCAUGUUCGCCGAGUAGCCAGCGCCAGCCCGCUUGCCAGCAAGACCAGCGCCAGCCCGCCAGCACUCGUCCGCACCAGCGCCGGCCCCUCGGCAUCAGCUCACUAGCUCACGCCAGCCUGCGCCAGCCAACGCCUGAGCCAGCCCACCAGCACCAGCUAGCUAGCUAGCGCCAGCCAACCCCAGUCACCGCCAGCCAGAGCCAGCCCGCGCCAGCACCAGAAGGCGAGCACCAGCCCGCACCAUCGCCAGCCGCCGUCAGUGCUAGCUGUGCCAGCCACCCACCGCCAGUGCCAGCAACAUGCUGCCAGUUGCCAGCGCUCGCCACGCUAGCCGCCGGCCACCAGUGCGAGCAGCACGCCACCAGCCGCCAGCGCUUGCCUCGCUAGCCACCAGCCACCAGCGCCAGCAGCACGCCACCAGCCACCAGCACCAGCAACCCGCCACCAGCCGCCAGUGCCAGCAGCGCUCGCCACCCGUCGCCAGCGCCAACAGCCAGCACCGGCUGCCGCCCGCCAGCAGUGCCGGCCGCCGCCUGCUAGCAGACAGCACCAGCAGUCAGCGCAAACCGCCGCCUACCAACAGCGCCAGCCGCCACCGCCAGCGGUGCUAGCCGCCAGCCAGCGCCAGCCUACGCUCACCUGCCGCGCGGCCCACCUGCCGCCAGCCGCUGCCGCCACCAGCUGCCACUGCCCGCCGCUACCCACCCUUGCAGGCUCCCACUGCCACCGCCAGCUGCCACCGUCCGCGGCCUCCUACUACCGUCUACUGCAGCUCGCCGCUGCAACCGCUGCUGCCCCUCCCCACCAGCUGCCACCAUGGCAACCCCGUCUGCCUCUGUCCCCUGCCUGGACGCCGAGGGUCGGGCGCUUGGCUGGUCGCUCUCUGCUGCCAGCUCACCUCAAUCCGCUAGGACGACCAGGCCCUCGUGGCCCACACUUCGGGUACGUUGCCCACCCCCCAAGAGCCCACUGCACUUGCUGCUGAUGCAACGUCCGAGUAGCAGACGGCGUACGAGACUGCCCUAGCUGCCCUCUCUGUCUGGCAGCCCCACGACGUAGCUGCGCAGCUGGUCGUCACUAGAGCCCUUCCUCCAUACAAGCAAACUCACUUUGACACUCUAGAGACUGCUACUCUAGUCAGUCCUCCGCAGGAAAUCUGGGACGCAGUUGUCGCUCGCUUCUCAACUCAGUCCUCCAAUACCCAAGGUCGUCUCCUUUUGCCAUUUCCUUUCCCCGACCUAGCCUCCUUCUCCACUGUAGUAGACCUAGUUGCACACCUGCACUCCCUUGAGGCUCGCUGGCGUGCACCCUGCCCUGAGGAGCAGUGCACCACCCACUUCCCGCCCACCUAUAUCACCCUGUACCUCCUUGUCACCCGCCUCCCUGACCGUCUCGCCCCUGCUCGCGACGCUCUCCUCGCACAGCCCCCCACCUCCCUCACCGUCGCUGAGUUCUCCACCGCCCUGACGACGGUUGAGUCGCGCCUCCAUGCCAUCGCCAACAUUACUGGCACCAUGGCGGUCCUCAUCUUUUAGGGCUUCUCUGCCCCCCAGCUCCCUAUCUCUGGGCCUCUGCCUCUGUCGCGGAGGUCACCUAGACUGUCGCAGCGGCGGAUGCCCUACGCACAAUAGAACUAUCCUCGACGGCCAGAGGCAAACUCGCCACCACGGUCAGAGUGAGGUGGCGUGCUUGCAGCAAGCUGACGAGCGAGUGAGCGAGCAAAGAGGUUGGCGAGCUGACAAGUAAGCUAGCUGGCGAGCGUGCAGACGUUAUUGGUGGCGAGCCGACAGGCCCUGCUGGCAGCUAGCUGGUAGGCGAUGCUGGUGACAGCAGAAGCGGCAGUGGUGGCUGCAGUUGCAGCUGGGACAGCCGUGGCAGUGGCGGCUGCAGGGGCAGCAGCUGUGACAACAGCGGAGGCGGCGGCAGCAGCGGCACUUGCGGCAGCAGUGGCUGCAGCGGCAGUAGUGGCUGCAGCGGCAUUUGUGGCGGCAGUGGCUGUCGCUGCAGCAGCAGCUAUAGUGGCAGCAGCUGUAGCGGCGGCAGUGGCGGUCGUGGUGGCUGCAGUGGCGACAGUGGCAGCUGCAAGAGCAGCAGCAACGGUGGCUGCAGUAGUGGCUGCAGUAGUAGCGGUGGCGGCGGCAGCUGUGGCAGCAGUAACAGUAGCGGCAGUUGUGGUGGUGGUGGAAGCCGGCGGCUGUAGUAACAGCGGCAGUAGCGGCGGCAGCUGCGGCAGUGGCGGGCGCUGGCUGCUGGCGCUGGCAGCUGGCGGCGGGCGGCUGGCACUGGCGGCCGGAGGCUAGCGCAGGUUGCUGGCGCAGACAGCGGUAGCUGGCGCUGGCUGGCUGGCACUGGCGCUGGCUAGGUAGCGCUGGCGCUGGCUGGCUAGCGCUGGCUGGCGGGCGCUGGCUGGUUGGCUGGCGCAAGCUGGCGGACGCUGGCUGGCUGGCGCUGGCUGGCUGGCUGGCUGGCUGGCUGGCUGGCACUCAGCGUCAGCCAAACAGCUCGCCAGCGCCAACCAGCGCCAGCGCCAGCCCACCAGCACCAGCCAGCUAGCUCGCGCCAGCCAGUGCUAGCCAGCGCUAGGGCCAGCCCGCCAGCACUAGCCAGCUAACUAGCACCAGCCAGCCAGCCAACAAGCGCCAGCCAGCCAGCCAACACCAUCCAGCCCGCGUCAGCCAGCCAGCGCCAGCUAGCUAUCGCCAGCUAGCCUGCGUCAGCCAGCCAGUGCCAGUGGCGCUGGCGAUUUGGCUGGCUGGCGGCAGCAAACUGGCUGCAGCGAGCGGCUAGCUGACGGCUACUGUCUGGCGGCGGCAUGCUGGUGGUUGCUGGCUGGUGGCAGCAAGCUGCGAGCUGGCGGCGGCCAGCUGGCAGUAGCGCACUGGCAGCGGCUAGGGAACGAACUUGCUGUAGCGAGUGGGCGACGGGCUGGAGCUAGCGCUAGCGAGGUGGCUGGCGCUAGAAAGAGUGACGGGUCAGGGUGGGCAAGAACGAGCGCUCGGUUCUUAUGGGGUGGAACGACUACUAGCGAUGAGGCGCGCGACUAGGGGUGAAGCGCGCUAGGCUAGACCGGGAGCGUGUGCAAGGGCGGAAGCGUGAGGAGGAGCCAAUACCUAGCUGUGAUACCAUGUUAGAGUUGCGCGAGAAAAGAAUGUCAAGAGUUGUACAAGAGCGAGGAUUACCCCAUAAGAAUUGACCUAGCUAGGAUAUAACUAAAUAAUAUAUAUUUGUUGACAGGGGGGUGGGGGGAUGGAUUGAAAUUCAUCUGUUCGCCACUUUCUGUUCGACCAAUCAUUAACAUGGGAUUGUUCGUCAAUCCCUUUUGUGAUAUCGCGUGUGGCCGUUGUUUGUCGUCAUGUGGUUCGGAACAUUGCUAUGUAA